UCGGUUCCCUAGUGCAGAGGAGACCUCGCGUUUCCGGAUCUUGCUAGAGGGCCCGGUCUGUCGGGCUUGGUACCUGGGGGAGCGUUUUCUACGCCAGACCCUUGGGUUACCUGAGCAGAUAGUCCCGGUUCAUCCUCCUGCAGAGAUGAGGGAGACCGAGGGUCUGACCCCUGAGCAGCUGGAUGAUUACUCCAUCGGCUGGGAGGAGGCCGGCUUCCGAGGCACCGGCGACUAUCAGGAGUACGUACGGACGUAUCUGAUCCGUCCCUUGAGCGGCCGUCGAGUAGAGGGAGCUAGGCCUGUAGCAUCGGUGGCUGGGGCCGGAGCGGGAGCAGGGGCUGGAUCUUCGAGGAGGGCCCGAGUCCAUGGUAGGGGUAGAGUGCAGGGAGGACGGGGAGCUGGCUGGCCUGCCCUGCCCGCUGUACUGACUUUCCAGGGGCAGGGUGGGUCGACCUAUCAGAUUCCCUUCGCCCCUCCACCGGCUGGUCACGAGGUCAUCGAUGUCCCCGAUCUACCUCCGGCUUCUUCUGAGUACACCCGUCAGUCGUUGGCGAUGAAUGCCUCGAUGAUGGGGAUGCUCCAGCGGACAUUUGACCUUCUAGCCGUUUACAGCAUACCG